GUCUUUCACUUCCCGUUUGUCUUGGCCACACACCACUUCCUGUCCGAGUUCGGAAGAUCUGUUCUGAGUUGCACUUCGCACUUGCGCCCUGGUCAGGAAGAUGCACGGGAGUAGCUGGUUGUUCGUGCUCGCCGCGCUUGUCGGCUCGGCGAUGGCAGCUGGGAAUCAUACUUGCUGCCCGAGAACGGCACCUUGGACGCCGUUGUUUUGCACGCGUUCAGUAUGCGAAGACGCCAUGACCUUCAAUACCACCAGCGUCAUUUUGUUCGCAGGAGCCUGUCCCCAGGGUAUGGUCAAUAGCACCUUCACGUGCGCUGUCAACUACAUACCUCGCAGCUCAUACGAAAGCUUGUACACUGUCAAGUUACCCCUGCUGCAACCAACAAAGCAGUACAGAGAUCAGAUACAACAAAACCAAGCUACGAGCAUCAUCUUGGGAGUAGGCUGUUACAGCAAAGCCAAGACUGCUAUCUGCCGUGAUGGUCUCAGAUCGAUAGUGAGCAACGUGUCAGCGGCAGUAUUGGGGAGCGCCGCGGGGUUUCGACUCAAGAGAGGUAAGCUUACUCUGAACUACAGUAUAAGUACUCUUGCGUUGGAGUGUCUGGCCUCGGGCAAUCCGGAUUCGCAGGAAUGGAAUGGUGGUAUGUCGGCGUGCGCUGCCACAGGCCUCGGCGACAGUACCAAGCCUGACAACUUCACCAGUGGACUGGUGAAGGUUGGCGGUUCGACUUGCACGGAGUGCCAGCCCCUGGUGGGAAAGCUUCCUUUCUGCGCAGCACUGUUCAGCUCGAAGGCUGCCAAGCGCUACAGUCCCCGAUGCAGCAGCCUGAACAUCACCCAGUCGCAGGGAAACGACAAGUGCAUGAAGCUGGUCCGCGCUGUUGCCUGCAGAGCUGCCAUGUCGCCAUGUGAGAGCGCCUCCACAGGUGGCAAAGCCUGGUGCUCCAAGACGUGUCAGGACAGUUUCACUGGCUCAUGUGGCGUCACAACCGCUGCCGCCACAACCAUCUGCACCGCCCUUGACGUGACAAGCACACAGUGCGAUGCCAAGAGCCCGCCAGACCACUCGGCGUUCCGCCUCGGCAAGUCGGCCAGUGCGAAACGCCGCAUCCUGAAAUAUCAGCUGUGCGUGGCCCCGGGAAACACCUCGGACUUCCUGCUCGUUUUGGACAGCGUGGUGCGGACACUCUGCAGUUCGCAGGAUUGCAGUGGAGAAGUGGAGAAGUCUGGAAGCGGCGUUGAUGCCAACAACGAGACUUGUGACAAGUACAAUACGACGGUUAAUGCCCCAUCCACUUUCUCGGCUGCUGUGUUCAAGAUUGGUGUUGCCGCUCAACUGGGUGUAUCCCCUAGCACCCUGGAUGUGUCGGACUCGGAGGUUUUCCAGACGGUUGUCGAGCCGGUUACGAGCGACAACAGCGCCGCUGCAGCCCUGCCGACCGUGUCGGCCGUCUCUCUGUUCCUUGUCGCUCUGCUUGCCGCUUACUCUGCCCAGUAGAGUGCUAGGCAAUACGUGUAUGUACGUGUGUGUGUGUGUGUGUGUGUGUGUGUGUGCGUGUGUGUGCGUGCGUGGGUGUGUGUGUGCGUGUGUGUGUGUGCUCCGGCAUGUAAGAGUUUUGUGUUUAUGUAGCUGUCGAGUGUGCACAUAUUUGCGAGCACCAUCGUAACACGCAAACAGACACAAUCACGCACGUGCUUACACAGAUACACACACACACACACACACACACACACACACACACACACAUACAAACACGUGGAUACCCGCGCCUAGUGGCAAGAAAACAGCUAUCUGUUUGGUUGUCUUCAACACGUUUGUGUAUGCGCUUCAACCAUACUAGCAGCUAUUCUUUUUUGUGCAAAUGAUGAAAUCUCUUUUUUCGUCUUUUCUCUUUAUUUUCUGUCUCUCUUGCACUUCCUGUUCACCAAACGUUCAGAAUUA